AUGCAACGAGCCCUCCUGGAAGAUGUCGAGGACGGACGGCGGGCCGAUGGUGGUGCCAUCUGCAAGGAGCCGGCUUCAGUGCUCGAGCAUCAACGGCGAUCCGACGAUGAGUUGGAGAAUCAAAUGGAGAGUACGGUUCAGUUUGCUCCGACGCCAGAGCAGCAGCGCAGCAUCGUCCGACGCAUCGACCGUCGGCUCGUCGUCACCGUCGGCGCCAUGUACUGCGUCAGUCUCAUGGACCGCGCCAACAUGAGCGCGGCCAACAUCGCUGGCAUGGGCACCGAACUGCGGCUCGAAGGAGUCAAAUACAACACGGCCAAUCUCCUCUUCUUCAUCCCUUACAUCAUCUUCCAACCCCCCUCCACCGUCCUCGUCCGCCGUAUCGGUGCCCGUCUGCAUCUCGCAUCCAUCACCCUGCUGUGGGGAGCCGUGACGGUUGGCAUGGGCUUCGUCGUCAAUUUUGGCCAGCUCGCCGGGCUCCGCGUCCUUCUCGGAUUCCUCGAGGCUGGCUUUUUCCCGAGCUGCGUUUACCUCCUCAGCACCUGGUACACACGAUACGAGGUCGGCAAACGAUACUCGCUCUUCUACCUGCUCGGCAGCGUCGCAUCGGCGCUCACUGGAAUCCUCGCCUACGGUGCAAGUGCCUACCCACCUCAUGCCCCCCCCCCCUCUUCCAUGAUCAUGGGGCAUCUUGCGGGCUGGCGCUGGAUCUUCAUCGUCGAAGGUGUUCUCACCUGCUUGCUCGCCAUCGGUUGCUACUGGAUUCUCGUCGACUUUCCUGAUUCCAAGAGGAAAACCUGGCGCUUCCUGAGCGUCGACGAGCGCCGAUGGGUCAUCGACCGCAUCCAGAAGGACCGAGGAGACACGCAACCGUCGCCGUUUCAUCUCCGUCACUUUCUUGGUGCAGGUGCUGACUGGAAAGUAUGGGCCUAUGCCGUCAUCUUCUUCAACACGACCACCAUGGCGUAUGCGCUCUCGUACACCUUGCCCAUCCUCCUGGUCGAGAACAUGGGCUUCAGCGUUGGCGCGGCGCAGUGCCUUGUGGCGCCCCCCUGUGCCUUUGCCGGCAUCAUCAUGUUCCUCGAAGGCUACUGGGGCGACAAGUACCGGGUACGAGGCCCCAUCAUACUGUUGAACAUGCUGCUUUGCCUCAUCGGCCUGCCAGUCAUGGGAUGGCAUGCGAGCCCGUCGAUCCGCUACUUGGGCGUCUUCCUCUUCACCGCCGGCGCCAACAGCAACGUACCGGCAACAAUGUCGUUCCAGGCCAACAACGUGCGAGGGCAGUGGAAACGCGCAUUCUGCAGUGCGACCCUGGUCGGCUUCGGCGGUAUCGGCGGCAUUGCGGGCAGCCUGGUCUUCCGAGGAGAGGACAAGGUCACAGGCUACAAGCCGGGCAUGUAUGCUUGCAUAGCCUGUUCCAUUCUGACCAUCAUGCUCGUUUUGCUGUGUGACCUAGACUUUUACUGCCAGAACAAGCAAGCAGAGAAAGGAAAACUGUUGGAGUCGCACGAGGUGAGUGGAGUGUCCUCGGGUGGAUGGACAUCCAUGCAGAUGCAAUGGCUCACUGUUUACAGCAUGACGAGUGCACUCCUGGGUUUCGAUAUACGUAUUGACGAAGCAUAA